CUUACCGUACCUGGGCGGGGCGCGAGCACACAGUUAGUUACAGCACCAGCGCAUCAAAACAUAGACUAGUGCCUCGGUUUUAUGAGUGAAAUUGUUUUCACUUUGCGUCAUUCUUCACAUCAAUAUCCUCAAGACCAAGUCCGAAUCGUAGCUAUAAGUAGAUUGAAUUCCGUCGUUCCGUAAACUAGCUAGUUCUUCAUCCAGAUCCGUUCCUUUUACUAUGCAUUAUUGAAUGCUAAUACUAGCUAACGUUAGCUAAGUGAUUCAUACAGUCUAGCUUCAUAACUCAUAACACAUAACGGUAACGGUAGCCUUUGCAACAAAGACACUGUGAGUGGGUAGAAGUCUGGCAGAAUGGCCUUAUCGGAGACAGAGAAUGAGUGUCCCGGUGGUGAAGGAGGAGAGUCCAUUGUACAAACGUGUGUGUUGGGGGGCUUCGGUGAGAGCUGCGAGACCAGAGCUCUCCUCUCCAGCCUGCCGGAGGUCCACGGGAGCAUAGUGACAACCGAGUCCGCCACACAGAGGUUCUUAGUGAUAAUGAACAGAUAUCAAGAGCAGCCUCAUCUACUGGACCCACACUUAGAAUGGAUGCUGAACAUUAUACUGGAGUUUGUGAGGAGUGAGAAGUCUCCCCCUUCAUUGGUUCAUUUGAGCUUUAAAUUUCUCUACAUCAUCUGUAAGGUCAGAGGCUAUAAAAUCUUCAUGCAGCUUUUUCCCCAUGAGGUGGCAGAUGUCCAGCCAGUUCUCGACCUGCUGUCCAGGCAGGAUCCCAAAGACUCAGAGACUUGGGAAACUCGCUACAUGUUGUUGUUGUGGCUGUCCAUGACCUGCCUUAUACCCUUUGACCUUUAUCGUCUGGAUGGUCAUCUAGAGUCAGAUGGUGGCAAGGCCAGAGAGCCCACCAUGGACCGUAUUUUAGCUAUUGCAAAGUCGUAUCUACUCGUCUGUGAUAGUCCGAGGGAUGCUGCAUCUGUACUGGUAUCAAAGUUCAUGACACGCCCUGAUGUGAAACAGAAGCGCCUCGGAGAUUUUUUGGACUGGAGCCUGACCACUAUAUCCCAGACCAAUGACCAGUCAGUGAGAGACAUUAUGGUGCUGGAUGGUGCCCUGCAGUCUCUGGCAAAGCUUUUCAAACAUGGAAAAAGAGAUGACCUCCUACAGUAUGCUCCUACAAUUCUGCAAUGUCUGGAGCAGAAGAAUCUUUCAGAGAGCAGCCAGGCCAUGCUGAGGAAGCUUGGUGUCAAACUAAUCCAGAGACUUGGCCUCACUUUUCUGAAGCCACGUUUGGCCACUUGGAGGUACCAGAGAGGCAGCCGCUCCCUGGCAGCAAACCUUUCCAUGUCCCAAUCUGCCACAGUCGCUGCGACUCCUGAAGUAGAAACACAAAAACUGGAGGAGGACUAUGACAUUCCUGAGGAACUGGAGACUGUUAUUGAGCAUCUGCUGGUGGGACUGAAAGAUAAGGAAACAAUUGUGCGCUGGUCUGCAGCAAAGGGCAUUGGGAGGGUGACCGGAAGGCUUCCCAAGGAGCUGGCAGAUGAGGUGGUUGGAUCAGUGCUGGAUUGCUUCAGCUUCCAGGAAACAGACAAUGCUUGGCAUGGAGGCUGCCUGGCACUGGCAGAACUUGGAAGAAGAGGCCUGCUGCUCCCAUCCCGGUUGACAGAUGUUGUGCCACUCAUUGUCAAGUCCCUGACCUACGAUGAAAAGAGGGGAGCGUGCAGUGUUGGUUCCAAUGUGCGUGACUCUGCCUGCUACGUGUGCUGGUCUUUUGCCAGAGCUUAUGAACCUGAAGAGCUCGAGCCUUUUGUCACUGAGAUUGCCAGUGCAUUGCUGAUCACAGCUGUGUUCGACCGAAAUGUCAACUGCCGCAGAGCAGCCUCUGCUGCCUUCCAGGAGAAUGUCGGCAGACAGGGGACAUUUCCUCACGGUAUUGACAUUGUGACUGCAGCAGACUACUAUGCUGUUGGGAAUAUCAACAACUGCUAUUUGAACAUCAGUGUCUACAUAGCUAGUUUCCCAGAGUACACCGAGGCCAUGAUUGAUCAUUUGAUAGCUAUGAAGAUCAACCACUGGGAUAGUGUGAUCCGAGAGCUCUCUACUAAAGCACUUCACAAUCUGACGCCUAAAGCACCGAAUUAUAUGGCAACAACAGUUUUGCCACAGAUGUUGCCCAUGGCAGUGGGCAUUGACCUCCACGGUCGCCAUGGAGCCAUCAUGGCAUGUGCAGAGAUCACACAUGCUCUGUACAAACUGGGCCUUCAGACCAACAGGACUGUGGUGGACAUAAUUUCCUCAGAAUGUGUGGACGCAUUAAAAAACAUUCACCAGAAGCUAAGUGACAGAAAACAAUACAGGGGUUUUGGUGGAGAGCUAAUGAGGCCAGCUAUGUGCGGUCUUAUUGAAAAGCUAUCCCUGUCCAAAAUGCCAUUCAAGAAUGAAACUGUAAUCACUGGCUGGCAGUCGCUUAUUGACGACACCAUAAAGAAUCUACAUCUUGUUUCGAGUGGUGUGAAGGAUUGCAUUAUGGUUGCCGUGGUAUCGGCCUUGUCCGCCUUGUGUGAGGAGUACUACCAGGACGAGCCAGGCCAGGCAAACUCAGGAAUGCAGGAUGUCCUGGUAUCUCAGUACAUUGAAGGGCUGAAGAGUCCACAGAUGCUCACUCGCUGUGGAUCUGCCCUUGCCCUCGGCUCUCUGCCAAGAUUUAUGAUCCAUAGCAAAUUGAAUCAGAUCCUUGAAGGCCUCCAGCAGAUGUGCACUGUCAGCCAGAAGGAUGGGAGUUUUACAGAGGCGAGGAGAGAUGCAGUCAAAGCAAUUGCUCAAGUGUGUGUGAAGGCUGGUGUUUGUGCCCAUGGCUCCCCAGACUCUGCCCUAUGCUCCGAAAAUGUGGCAGAGGUGUAUGGCGCUCUGCUCAACAGCAUGAAUGACUACACGACAGACAGCAGAGGGGACGUAGGUGCUUGGGUGAGAGAGGCAGCGAUGACUAGUCUGAUGGAUGUGACUAUGCUGGUGGCCAGCAUUGCUCCAGAGAUCCUUUUGCCAGACCUAGUGAAGUGUAUGAUGUGCUGCCUGGCCCAGCAGUCAGCAGAGAAGAUUGACCACUACAGAGCCCACGCUGGCAACGUCUUCCUGCGCCUCUUGCACAGCACAGAGCCUGCAGUACCUCACAUCCCCCACCAAGAUGAGUUGUUGAGCAUUUUUCCUGUUGAGACCACAGCCAGUCUUAACUGGAAUGCUCCAUCCCAAGCUUUCCAGUAUAUCACCCAGCUGCUUGGACUGCCCCAGUAUCAGUACCACACCCUGCUGGGCCUCACUGUGUCUGUGGGAGGGAUAACCGAGUCCACAGUGCAUUUUUCUUCUCAGUCGUUGUUUGACUAUCUGAGAGGGAUCCAGGACAACCAUGCUGCUCUGACACAAUUUGGAGAUGCGUUGCUGAGCAUCUUCAGAGACAAUCUCCGCAAUGACAGGGUGUCUAUUCCUUUUCUUAAGAUGCUUGAUCAGAUUCUUGCUAACAGCUGCUUUGAAAUCUUCACCACACAAGAGAAUCAUCAGUUCUGUGUGGACCUUUUGGCCCUUUGCAAAGAGUGCAAGAAGACUAAAGAUAUCUCCAAGCUACGCGCCUGUGUAACUGUCUUCUGUGGGUUGAUCCAGUUCCAGGGUGAGGUGAGGAAGAAAGUUUUGUCACAGCUGCUGAUGCUACUUUGCCAUUCCUACCCUGUGAUCAGAAAGACAACAGCCAGCCAGAUGUACGAGAUGCUGCUGACCUACGAUGAUGUCAUAAAUCCAGAAAUGCUGGAUGAUGUCAUGACCCUGCUAAGUGAUACUAAUUGGGAGAGUGACCUUGCCACAGUACGGGCCCACAGGAAUCAGCUUUGUGAUUGGUUGGGAGUCCCCAGGCCACAGGUGGUUACCAAGCAGAGCCCUGUCCAGGUUUCCUGAUCACCUGUGGCUGUGAGCACCAGCUGUAGGUGGACAACAUGCUGUAAGAAUUUACAAAGGACAAAACCAUCACAUCAGUCUUUUCCCCGUUUUGCUCUUAUUACUACACAGUUCUUGCGCACCAGAAAAUUUGCAUUCAGAUGAAAAACUCUGAUAAACUAAAAAAAAUCCAGCACACUGUCGAUCACUUGUACUCACUUUAUUAAUGAUGUUUUGGCCCUUAGAUCCUUGCCUGAUUAGGGUCUAAAUUAAUUAUUAAUAAGUAAGUGAAAAUAAUAAACCGUAAGUGUGCUGGAUUUGGUUUUGUUAUUACAACUUCCAAAGCACACCUGUAUAAAGCUUUCAUUGUAGUGUUCUGUGCAUAAGACCUUUCUCACAUAUCCCAUUCAGGUCACAGUCUAGUGAGACUUUGGAAAUGGUUUGAAUAGAGUUGUUUACUUGUAACCUGUACCUGGAACAACACUGAUGGGUGAAACCGAAACUGUAGUUUGCGUAGACUCCAGGGAAAUGGUUGCCAUUUAGCCGUUUUGGCACAAACCGUGGAAUGUCACUGGGGCCCUACUUCCCCUUGGGUCCCAUGCAGACCUACUUUUUCUGCAUCGGUGGAGGUGCCAGAGACUGCAGCAGUCCCAGGCCUGAUAGUGGAGCCUCCCUUGUUGCCUGUGGAACAGAGCCUGUUGUGUCAUAUUGGUCCAGGCUUUCGCAUUAGAGUCUGAUAGUGGCCACAUUGUCUCAGCCAGCUUCCCUUUCUCACACUAACAAAGAUACAAAUGUUGCAUUAUUUUAGAAUUAGGUGGCUACUGGUUGUUUAUCCUACGUUGCCGAAACUCCCCAGGCUAGUAAUCACUAUAUUACAUAACAUUUUUCUGUAAUAUGAUUAAUUUAACUAGGUUUAUCCCAUGGAAACUGAUGUGUAUUUGGACUCUCAUAAAACUGGGUUGAACAUUGUUGCUAUGUUAAUCCCAUUUGUUUGGCUUACUGCAGCUCUUGUAAUUGUGUGUGUGCUGCCAACUAACUUGUGCUUUUACUUAAAAAUUUCAAUCACCUGUUUUAAAAUGUAUCACAUAAUUGGAUUAUUAUCAUUAUAAAACUACUGCUCAUUUAUGUGUGUGGUCAUCAAUAAAAUUAAAUCUUAACAUGAUGUAAUUGUAUGAACAGAAUCAGGGAAAGUGAUGCUAACUUUGAGGUCAUUUCAAUUUAAAGCCGCACUUUGCCUCACAGUGUGUUCACUGGCCGGCGAAGCAAAUAUUUGUGACGCUUUAAUCGGUUAGAUUGCACGAUUUGUGUCUUUGCAAUGACUUUGUAUGUAAUCGCGCCACCGCAUUGAGUUGUACCACGCCAUAUAAAUAAACAUUGAACACGCGCUUUUCUGAGAAACAUAUUUCGAAUAAAGAAGAUACUAAGACGGUACUAAAUAACUCACAAAAAAUGGAUAUGCUGUAUCAAUGGUCACAUUGUUAUUGUCUUCUAUCUUGCCUAAUAACUGUGCCUCUGACAAGUGGCUUUGCUAGCCUCUUACCAUGCUCAUUAACAAGGCCACAUUCACUCUUACCCUCCAUGGGUGUUGUUAAAUUUGUCUGGCUAGUCCCAAUGUUGCUGCAGCCCAUAAUUCGACUUUAAUUAAUUCCCAGCCAGAUGGAAAUUCCUGUAGUUUCUAAUGAAAGAAAUGGUGUGUUUCUCUCAGGACGGAUUGACGGUAAAGUGAGCAGCUUUGCUGCAGUGCUUGGGGUAGAGAGGAAUGCUAAUAAUUUUAAAAGGCUUACAGUUUGCCGGCAGUAGCCAUGGCAAUUCCUCAGAUACAAUGGUGGCCUUUUAGAGGAGUGGGGAAGGGAGGGGCUGCUCCCUCAUUGACUAAGUUUGGUGUGAUAUAAGGAAAGACCUCUUUGCACUUUCCACUGUUCUGGUUAUUAUUAGAUUAAGUGGUACCCAUAGCAGUUUGCCCAAGUUAACGAUUAUGUAGUGGAAAGGGCAAUCAUGUUUUUAUUCUGUCCAUAGAGAACGUGGUCCGAUUGUCUACAACAUUGCUAAUAUUUAUUAUGCAUUUACAUUUUGUUUUAUAGCCUACAUAGUUUAACGUAUCCAGUCCUACCUCUGAAAUUAAAGAUAUUUAACUAAUAACACUAACACACAUUGACAGCGUUGUUACUAGGGAUGCCCAAGGCGAUUGUGAUUGGUUGGUAAAAUAAGUACUUGGUAUGAAAAAAAAAAAGUUGUAUACCUGCAUCCCUAGUUGUUACUCAUAUUGUAAGCUGGGUACAUCAUCACUCUCAGACCAUUGCAGCAUUUGCCAAAUAAACAGCAGAUUAUA